CAUGUCCGGUUCAUCGUCGACGAUCUAUGGCGCACCUCCUCGCAUCCCUGCUGCUCGCCGCCGGCGGGCUCGCCUUGUUGCUGGCCGAUGUCGUCGUCGUCGCGGCCGGCGACGGCGGCGGCGGCGGCGGCGGCAAGAAGCCCCACGUCAACCACGGCAAGUUCAAGGGCGGGCCGUGGGAGGUCGGGCACGCGACGUUCUACGGCGGCCGCGACGGCUCCGGCACGACGGACGGCGGCGCGUGCGGGUACAAGGGCGCGCUGGCACCCGGGUACGGCGCGCUGACGACGGCGGUGAGCCCGGCGCUGUUCGCCGGCGGCGCCGGGUGCGGCGCGUGCUACGAGGUGAAGGGCGGCGAGAAGGGCAAGUCCGUGGUGGUGACGGCGACGAACCAGGCCCCGCCGGCGGUCAGCGGGCAGUCCGGCGAGCACCUGGACCUCACCAUGCCGGCGUUCCUCCAGAUCGCCGAGGAGAAGGCCGGGAUCGUGCCGGUGACCUACCGCAAGGUGGCGUGCGCGAGGAGAGGCGGGAUCACGUACACGAUCGCCGGGAACCCGCACUACAGCAUGGUGACGGUGACGAACGUGGGCGGCGCCGGUGACGUGGCGGCGCUGCUGGUGAAGGGCAGCAAGCGCGUGAAGUGGACGGCGAUGCGGCGGAGCUGGGGCCAGCUGUGGGUGACGGAGGUGGACCUCACCGGCGAGUCGCUGACGUUCCGCGUCAUGACCGGCGACCACCGCAAGGCCACGUCGUGGCACGUCCUCCCCCGCGACUGGCAAUUCGAUAAAACGUACCAGGCCACCAAGAACUUCUAGAUCGAAGCCGCCAUUUUCAUGGCAGGCAUAAUGCUUCUCGUAAUUAACAUCUAUGUUGUGAUAUGCCAUGGAUUAACGUGGAGCUACAGGUAUGUCACGUAUGUCCUAGCAUAGCACGGUAUAUCUGGUAUCUAUCGGUCUAUAUAUAUGUAUUUUAAUAAAAAAACUCACCUGAAUAUGAAUACAUAUUACUUAUUACUUAUUGUGUGUACGAUGUUAAUUUUAUAAUU